GGCAGGAACAAUGCAUUUCCUGUAACACAUGUCUGUUAUGUGCAGAGACAGUGCGCUCUAGGCUGAUUGCGUGCCUGUAAAUCUUCUGUGAGCUCAGCAGGAACUGAGGAAAUCGACGGCUGUGGCUAAGUCAGCACACAUCAGCUCAAAACUGAAACUGUUGCUUCAUUUGAACCUUUCUUCUGCCAGAGGAUGGACGCAGAACAACAGGACUGCUUGAUCACAUGACCAGCUCGGAGAACAGAUAUGGCCUGUGUCCCAGAGCUGCUCUUGGCCACUUUGGAGGAGCUGGUUGAUAAACAGCUGAGGACCUUCCAGUGGUAUCUUUACACUAAUGAUCUGGAAGGAUUCACUCAUAUUCCAAGGUCUCGGGUUGAUGGGGUGGACAGGCCGGGCACUGUGGAUCUCUUGGUGCAGACAUAUGGCUACGACAGUGCUGUUGCAGUCACAGUGGAUAUACUGCUGAGGAUGAAACUCAAACUGUGGGCUGAAACACUAAAGAAGAAGUACAAUGAAGCUCCAAGCAAUCAAGUAGGCAAAGAAAUUGACCACCAUGCAAUCCAAGAAAAACUGAAAUCCACCCUGAGGGAAAAGUGUCAAAACAUUUAUCAAGGGAAUGCAGAUGAAGGAGAUACCAUCUACCUGAACAAAAUCUACACUGAGCUGCAUGUUAUUGAAGGAGCCUGGGGAGUCUUCAGCGAGGAGCAUGAGGUCAGACAGCAGAGGUUAAACCAUGUAAUGACAGAAGAAACCUCUAUUAAAGCUAGCGACAUUUUCAAGCCCAAGCCCGACCAAGAGAAGCGAAUCCGAACUGUGCUUACCCAGGGUAUACCUGGAGUGGGUAAAACUGUCUGUGCACAGAAGUUUACGCUGAGCUGGGCAGAACGAAAGGAAAAUCAGGACAUCACCUUCCUUUUUCUGCUUCCAUUCCGUGAACUGAAUCCCAACAUAGGUGAGAAGGACUACAGUCUGAUGCAGCUUCUCCAUCAGUUCUUCCCUGAGAUGAAACCCCUUGAGACAUUGGGAAUAGGAUGCAAAGUCCUCUUCAUCUUUGAUGGCCUGGACGAGACUCUCCUCCCCUUGAAUUUCAAGCAGAACAAGGUCUUGAGAGAUGAAACGGAGCCAGCCUCACUUGAUGUUCUGAUCACAAACCUCAUCACGGGAGAUUUACUUGGCAAUGGUCUCAUCUGGAUCACGACCAGACCGGCAGCAGCUAGUCUAAUCCCUCGAAAGCACGUCCAUCAGUGGACAGAGGUGAAAGGUUUCGCUAGUGAACAGAGGGAGGAAUACUUUAAGAGGCAUUUGCGUGAUGAUAACCUCGCUAUCAGGAUCAUCAAACAUGUGAAGUCGUCAAGAAGUCUCUAUAUCAUGUGUCAGAUACCAGUUUUCUGCUGGAUCACAGUCACUGUAAUGAAGAAAAUGUUGUGCAACAAUGCGACAGGAGGCAUGCCCAACACGCUGACCGAGUUGUAUGCAUAUCUCCUUCUCUGCCAGACAGACCGGAUGAUAGAAGGGCACUACCCUGUGGAAAGCAACAAUGUUGUUUUGAAACUAGCAGAGCUCGCGUUCCGUCAACUGGAGAAAGGAAAACUAAUCUUCUACGAGGCUGACUUGAAAGAGUGCGGCAUUGAUGUCAAAGAGGCAACCAUCUAUUCAGGAGUUUGCACAGAAGUCUUCAUGAUGGAGGGCAGGAGGACAAGAGAAGUUUUUAGCUUUGUACAUUUAACCAUCCAGGAGUUUCUUGCAGCUGUGUAUGUACAUCACUCCUACAUGCAAAGAAAGGAAAAUGUUCUUCUGGGAUACCUGAAAAGGAUGACUACAAGAUGGCUCCCCAAGUCUGUGUUCAGUUUUCACAAGAUUGCCAUAGAAAAAGCCUUGGGCAGUCCAGACGGCCGCUGGGACCUCUUCCUUCGCUUCCUCCUGGGACUGUCACUGAAGUCGAACCAGGAGCUGCUGAGUAGAAUACUCCAUUUGGAGGCCGAAGGAGAGGAGGAUGUGAUGCAAACCAUCCAGUUUAUCAAGGAGAAAAUCGAAGAGGAACCAGAAGCGAAACUCAGUCUCUUUCAUUGCCUUAGUGAGCUCAAAGAGGAGUCUUUGGUGCAGGAAGUCCAGAGUUUUGUGAGUUCUGGGAGGCUUGCAGCCAAAAACCUGUCUCCAGUUCAGUGGUCCGCUCUCACAUUUGAACUCAUGACGUCAGAGGCAACAGAGGAGGAGUUUGACUUGAAGAAGUACAUACGAUCAGAGGAAGGAUUAAAGAAGCUGCUGACUGUCAUAACUUCCUCCACACGUGCUCUGCUAAAUCGCUGCAACCUCACUCAGAACUGCUGUGAGGUUUUGGCCUCUGCACUGAGCUCAACCUCUUCUCACCUGAUAGAGCUGGACCUGAGUGACAACAACCUAAGGGAUUCAGGGGUGAAGCUGCUUUCUGCUGGACUCGGGAGUCCACAUUGUAAACUUAAGAGUCUAAGAUUAUGUAGGUGUAAACUUGAAGGAGAUUGCUGCGAAGGACUGGCUGUUGCUCUCAGCACAGAGUCUACCCAGCUCAAAGAACUUGACCUGAGCGCUAAUAACUUCCAGGAAGCAGGAGUGAAAGCUCUGUGUGUGGGAAUGCGCAGCCACAACUGCAAACUACAAACAGUGAGGUUGAUUCAAUGCAAGCUGAAAGAGAAUCGCUGUGCAGAUUUGGCUACAGUUUUGAGUUCAGGAACAUCUCAGCUGAAAAUUCUUGACCUGAGCAACAACAGCCUGAAGGAUUCCGGUGUAGCCGAACUUAGUGCUGGACUGAGGAGGCCGCACUGUAAACUGGAAAAGCUAGGGCUCAGCUGGUGUGGCCUUACACAGAAAUGCUGCGAUCACAUUGGUUCAGCUCUCAGCUCUGACUCUUCCCACCUCCUUGAGUUGGACCUGCGUGGAAACAACCUGCAGGGUCCAGACAUGCACCUGCUGUGUGCUGGGCUGAGAAGCCCACAUUGUAAACUGAAGACGUUAAGGUUAAACGAGUGCAAUCUCCAAGAAUGCUGUGCUGAUGUCGCUUCAGUCCUCAGCAGGGACAAGUCUCACCUCAAGCACCUUGAUCUGAGUGGGAACGACCUGCAGGACUCCGAAGUGAAGCUUCUCUCUGCUGGACUGUCAAGUACGGACUGUACACUGGAGACAUUAGGGCUGUCAUUCUGCGGCGUCACAGAGGAAGGCUGCACUUAUUUGGCCUCAGCACUAAGCUCCAAUCCUUCCCACCUGAGGCAGCUGGACCUCAGCUACAACUACCUGCAGGACUCUGGAGUGAAGCUGAUCUCUCUUCACUGUAAAGACCCGCUCAGUAAACUGGAAAAAUUAAGUGUGGACCAUAAUGCAGAGUGCUAUUUGAAAUCAACACUGAAAAACUAUGCAUGUGCACUGACGCUGGACACAAACACAGCCGCCAAGUCCCUCUUUCUGUACGACAGUGGGAAGCAGGUGACAUGGGUCAGGGAGAGACAGCAGUACCCAGAUCACCCUGACAGGUUCGAGAGCGUCUCACAGGUGCUGUGUCACCAAGGCCUCACCCACCGGCACUACUGGGAGGUGGAGUGGCGAGGACGUUGGGUGGAUGUAGCCGUGGCUGUGAGGGGGAUCCGUCGGAGGGCGAGCUCUCACCUCUGCGGGUUUGGCUACACAGAGCAUUCCUGGAGUCUGUUCUGCUCCGAGGAUCACUACAGUGCUCAGCAUGACCAUGAGAAAGUGGAAAUACCAGCACCUCCGUCCUGCUCCCACAAGGUCGGAGUGUACCUGGACUGGCCAGGUGGCACCCUGUCCUUCUACAGCGUCUACUCUGGGAACCUCAGCCACCUUUACACGUUCUACAGUACCUUCACUGAGCCCCUCUACCCUGGAUUUGGAAUGGAGGAGGAUGACUGCUCUGUAAUUAUUUGCACAGAGGAUGUGCAAGAACUCAUUUCUCGUUCAGCUAGUAUAGAAAGACUUGCGAGAUUUUGAGUGUGGGUCAAGGGUGGCAGCAAUGAUUGAAGGCUGUCUAAUUUAAAAUCAAACCUGGAAGAGACAAGAAAUAUAUGAAAACAUGAACCAUGUAAAAAAAAAAAAGAAGAAGAUGCGAGCUGUAACCUGUCAUUUAAAAUAUUAAAAUGCUGCCAAUGAACAAUGGCAAACAUCUACAGCCAUGCUAGCAGCUCUGUUAGAGGUAUAAUAUUUCCAGGUGCACUGUCUUAGUUUAGCAUGUCAGCAUGUUGAAAUUUGCUGGUAGCUACUUUAUGUAAAUGUACACAUUUUGUAGCUGAGAAGCUGCAAUAUAGUGACUGAAGGCUGGUGGAUCUGUUACACUCGCCACUGUGUGUCGGUCAGAACACAAUUGAACAAUCCAGGAUCUGAUAUACUUAUUUUACUGUUGGCUUGUGAUGUAGUUCUAGUGAUGAGGACAGAUGUGGAUGACCAUUCUAUUGAUUGUGGUUCUACAGAAACAAAGAGAUAACAAGUACAGUGCUAUCAGACAAACCGUGUAACUAUAAAAUAUACACCCUUUCACACCUAAA